UAAAAACUGACUGAAUGUAUAUAAGUCCUGUUUUUAACAUAAAGGCUAACCAUUAGCUAACUUAAAGAUAACUGUCAAACAAUGCCCGGUUUAUGUAAGACCCGUGUCAUCAAUGUCUCACCYAAAGAGUUGGAUGAGCUCUCGUGCACAAUAUGUUCAGCCAUUUACCUAAACCCAGUGGUCAGUCAAUGUUGUCAACAAUUAUAUUGUAAAACAUGUAUCACCCGACACGACAACUGUGUUUUAGAUGAUUGUCAGCAAUUGAAAUCCCAAUCCUUCAGUAUUCAAACAAAACAAUUGCUUCAAUUGUUACACAGUUUAAAAGUCCGCUGCGAUUACCACAUGAAUGGCUGUAAAUCAGUCAUCAAACUCAACGAACUGUUACCACAUCGAGAUGUUUGUCAUUUUAAGGAACGGCCGGUUGAGUCGCCACACAAUUGUAAUGGUUGUGAUGAGUAUGUAGUAAAUGGACAGAAGAAACAACAUGAGGACAGUUGUGUGAAAGCAUUGAAGCGUAAGAUCAAUACAAUUGAUUUUCAUAACAAACGUUUGCGUAUUGAAAACGGAAAAGUCAAAAGUCAAUUGGAAAUAUACAAAUUGAUUGCAAACUCCAGUGACCAGAUAGAGACAUAUGACUAUACUGGUACAUAUAAGUUAAUAUCAUCAAUUAACCAUGAUCAAAUAUUAAAACUAUUGGGCGCUACACAGUCGGCAAUAGAGUCGUGGAAAUCAAAGACACACACUCUAGUGAUUAACAAAUUCAGUGAAACUUAUUGUUUGGCCACUAGUGAUGGUACGAGUGAUCAUAAACUGAUGUUUCGGUUGGGACAGGUAUGCAAAGAAACAGAACGGGACGGCAGUGUCUCCCGAUUGUUGGUCAUCGCUGACCAAAACAAACUGAUUGAGACAAAGGAAAACUCAAAGAAAAAGUUCAAAAUUGUUCGCGAAUUUGUUGAUAACCAACAAAAGGUCAGAACAUUUAUUGAUGGAAUCGUAUCUCUUCGGGUCUACGAUAGGGUAGAACCCACUAAAGAGACCAUCAAUUGAGAUAACGUUCCCUAAAAAUCAAAGACUUAAUACAACUAAAUAAUGUUAUAUUAGUAAUAAGCUCUCAUUGAUAGUGAUGUGCUUAUAAUCUAUAAUACCUGUACUGUACAGUACUUAAGUCACGUAUUGUUAUUUUAUUGUAAAACUAGAAGAUAUCAUAUCAUAUC